GGUCUGAAGCUCCUCCACGAUGGCGGCCUGUUUUUCGGACACCUGCACACGUCCAACGUAAUUGUGGAUGACGGUGUGUGUCGACUGAUGGAUGUGGAGAACGGCAUGCUGGGAGUUCCCUCAGCGCUGCGACCGGCCUUCAUCCAGCUCAGGAAAAUCAAUACCACAGAGAGCAUCGACGUCUUCUGCUUUGGACAUUUACUCUACGAGAUGACGUACGGCCGACCGCCGGACAGCGUCCCCGUCGAACAAUACCCCGAUGUCCCCUACACUGCUGUGGUGUCAGUGCUGCAGUCCAUUCUGUCCGCAGAGGCCUGUAAGAGCGGGAUGCCAACAUUGUCGGCGCUCAUGCAGACACCGCUGUUCAGUGACGUCCAGCUCCAACACUCAGAAAAACUCCAGAUCAAGGUUCCCAGCAGGCUAAAAGAGGCGCUGAAGACGGCGAAGGAGAGUCUGGAGAGGAGGCUGCAGGAGGAGCAGAGAGUGUGCCACCAACACAGAAGGCUGACCCGAGCGAAGUCUCACCACGGCUCAGAGGAGGAGAAGAAGAGGAGGAAGAUUCUGGCGAGGAAGAAGUCACGACAGUCGGCUUUUGAAAAUGAAGAAGACGUCUCUGUCAGAAACAACAAUAACUCUGGUUCUGGAGCCAGUUCACCUCCCACAUGCCCCUCCUCGCCCACCCCCCCAUCCACCACAGGAGCCCUGCCUGUUCCUCCCCCGCCUCCUCCUCCUCCUCCCCCUCCUGCACUGGACUCUCCCUCCUCUCGUCCUCCUCCUCUCUCCUCUGAUGGAGCGGGAGGAGGUCGCACCGCCUUGCUAAGCUCCAUCCAGGGCUUCAGUAAGGGAAAACUGAAGAAGUCCGAGACCGUCGACCACAGCAAACCCAUUACCUGACCCCCCCCGCCUCCACCUCCUGUCCUCCACCAGGAGACCCCCGCCACCACGACGCCGCCGACCCCCUGGUUCUGCACUGCCGUCCAUGUGAUUCAGUUUUGUUUUUACCGCUACUCCUGCUUUUUUCAGCUUUUACAUUUUAAAAUCUGUGGUGGGAGAGAGUAGAGUCCUUUUAGGAACUGAACAAUCAUCUGAAGGUUUGUCCACUUUGACUGCAUUCUCAUGAGGAGACACCGGGCUCCAGAUAAAAACGCUGGUAAACUGGGUGUAGUUGGGUAUUUGCUGCUGCUUCUUUUCUGCUUGUAAAAGUGGUGGGAUUUGAACAUUUUGGAACCACUAUGGAUGCUUCAUCCCGCUGAUCAUGACAUGAAUUUCAUGGAGUCGAAACUCUAAAUCAGUGCUCUGACACUGUGGCGCUGCACUGCUUCUGUAUCUGGUCCAAACACAAGAAAGUUGGUCCAAACCUUUCCUCGUUUGCAGUCAUCUCAAAAUAUCCAAAUUCGAGUAGACUGUCUCACUGCAGGAAGUCCGUAUGGCUGCAAAGCUAAAUGUAAUUCUUGUCUUUAAAUAUUUUUUAUUUUCCUAAAAUAAAUGGGGGAAAAAAACCUUUUAGUGCAAAAAUAUUCAACUUCUCUAUUUUAGAUUUAUCUAAAAAUGCAUGUUUAUAAGGGAGUUCGCUGGAUUUGAAGUGAGAAAAAAAUAUUUACAUAAAAGAUGAUUCUCAUCAGAAGCAAGUGGGAAAUGAAAGCCCAGAUGCAUUUCCACUUGUUUUAGGAGUAUAAAACUCAAGUUACAGACAGAAAUGACUUGAUACAAGGAUGUUGGCUGCAGUGUGUCUGUCUGAAAGUCAAGCUGGGAUCACACCUGGUUUUGUUUGAUCUGAAUGAGAGAGAGAGAUUUGUUUGACUUUGUUGCGUUUUGAGAUUCUUACAGUGAGAGCAUCUUUGUUAAAACCAUGACAUGGAUGCUCUGCGGUGUUUGUACUUCUAAAUUAAGAAACCCCACAUCAUUCUGUUCAGCUCCUAAGAAAGAGAUCGCCAUCAUACUGUAACAUCUGCCACACGUCACUAAGAGAUGUCUGGCCGAUAACGUGGCAGAGUAUAAAGGUAGUGUGUGCCACUACUAUUGCUUGUGCAGCUGCUCCCUCCUUUGGAAAUAAUGGCUUUGCUCUACACAAUGUCAAACUUGCACUUUUUGGUGUGAAAGACAGAGAUACAUGUCAGACAUCUGCUCUGUCUGUCUGCUCGGUCAGAGAAACAUGGAUCCACAGCUGUGAUUGUUUUUAGGGUCUGAAAUUAAUCUUAAAUACUUUUUCUUCACCCGGAUCACUAACAAUGUGUCAUAUUUUUAUAUUAUUUUGCCUCUUUGCAUGACAAUAAAUUCCUACUAUUUCACAUUUCUGACCCAUACUGCUGCUUGUCCAUUAACUUGACGUCACUGUUGACCUUAUCCCAAAUGAUCCAUCAUUCUGUAGAUUUCCUUCCUUCAUGUUUGAGUAAUCAAUCCAAAAUCAACUUGCAGAGACUAAUCCACCACAGUCAAUAUUUACUGACGUUUAGUUUGACUUUAUCACUUCAUAGUCAUGUGGUUUUUUAAAGUUGUAAUAAAAAGAAUAACCCAACUUCAAAUUGGGAUUCAAGCAGCAUCUUUGCUCAUCCUGCAGAAUUUGGAUUUGAAUAUCAUAUUAUUAACUAAUGCAACACAUUUUGAAAUAAGUAAUCAAGCUAUCGGUCAAAAUUGGGUUUGGAAAAUGUUGAUUUAGGAAAAGCCUGAUUGGUUUAUCAGUAUUGAUUUAUUUGAUUAUCACCAAUAAAAGCUAUAGGUGGAUGUUAUUUAUGUCUUUAUAGAAAUAACCUGAAGGAAGGAGAUCGGUCCUUGUUAUCGUUUGAUUUGAUCAUUUGAUCUUCACUGUCGGUGCAAAUUGUUUUUGUUAAUCAUCUCUGCUGACAGCAUUGUAACCUUUUACCUUCAUUUGACUUUCAUUGAGGCUUAAUUUCCGACCCUUAAAGUGCUGAUUCCUGGUAUUCUAAGUCUUUUAUUGCAUCUGUUUAUAUUCUGUUGUAUUUUAUUAUGUGUUGUCACAGAGCUGAGAUUAUUUUAUCGUCCCAUAUGGAUCCUUGUGCCUAUGGAAAUAUGAAUGUUUUCUUUUAAGAUAUAAGUGAUAAUAUCCUCUAUAUAUACCAGAUGAUCUGUUUGUACAAAGUUCUGUCUUCAGGUUAGGCGAUGUUCAUUCAGAUGGACGUUGAAUUGCAUCAGUAUGUUUGUCUGCAGCACUUUAUCUACGAGGGGUGAGGGACAAGAGGUGUAUUAUUUUUAUUUUUUGAAACAAUUAAAAGCCCAAGAGCGGUCCUGGAUUACAAGUAAAAUGGUAUGAAAACCACUCUUCAAUCUCCAGUAGGUAAAUGUAUCAACUGUUUUGCCUUGUUAUCGCCUUCAAAAUCAACAAUAUCUCCUCUACAAUAAAUGCAUCUGCAAAAUAACCCUCCUCAUCAUGUAUAUUUACAUUUAAAUACAAAAUCUAGAAAGCCUGUUGUUAUGAAAACUAUUUGAAUAAAAAUGUUUCAGUAAAAUUGAGAGUAAAUUGCGAUCUUUGCAAAUACUUGUGAUGAACUGUGUUGUUUUUAAUACACCUAAAAAAGUGUUUUAAUAAACAAAGAUUAAAGUUU